AUGUCUACGCCAGAAGAUUUCGUCAGUCAUCUGGCACUUCGUCGUCGUCUCUUUUUCGCUUCUCUUGAUCAGUCGUCGUCGUCUCUUUUUCGCUUCUCUCGAUCAGUCGUCGUCGUCUCUUUUCCUUCUCUCGAUCAGUCGUCGUCGUCUCUUUUCGCUUCUCUCGAUCAGUCGUCGUCGUCUCUUUUCGCUUCUCUCGAUCAGUCGUCGUCUCUUUUUUUCGCUUCUCUCGAUCAGUCGUCGUCUCUUUUUCGCUUCUCUCGAUCAGUCGUCGUCUCUUUUUCGCUUCUCUCGAUCAGUCGUCGUCUCUUUUUCGCUUCUCUCGAUCAGUCGUCGUCUCUUUUUCGCUUCUCUCGAUCAGUCGUCGUCGUCUCUUUUUCGCUUCUCUUGAUCAGUCGUCUUAUGCGGAUAAGAGUGCGUCCCGGUCACAAGUCUCCGUUUGUAGUGCGUCCCGGUCACAAGUCUCCGUUUGUAGUGCGUCCCGGUCACAAGUCUCCGUUUGUAGUGCGUCCCGGUCACAAGUCUCCGUUUGUAGUGCGUCCUGGUCACAAGUCUCCGUUUGUAGUGCGUCCCGGUCACAAGUCUCCGUUUGUAGUGCGUCCCGGUCACAAGUCUCCGUUUGUAGUGCGUCCCGGUCACAAGUCUCCGUUUGUAGUGCGUCCUGGUCACAAGUCUCCGUUUGUAGUGCGUCCCGGUCACAAGUCUCCGUUUGUGCGUCCUGGUCGUCCCGGUCACAAGUCUCCGUUUGUAGUGCGUCCCGGUCACAAGUCUCCGUUUGUAGUCUCCGUUUGUAGUGCGUCCCGGUCACAAGUCUCCGUUUGUAGUGCGUCCCGGUCACAAGUCUCCGUUUGUAGUGCGUCCCGGUCACAAGUCUCCGUUUGUAGUGCGUCCUGGUCACAAGUCUCCGUUUGUAGUGCGUCCCGGUCACAAGUCUCCGUUUGUAGUGCGUCCCGGUCACAAGUCUCCGUUUGUAGUGCGUCCCGGUCACAAGUCUCCGUUUGUAGUCCCGUCGUCCCGGUCGUCCCGGUCAAAGUCUCCGUUUGUAGUGUGCGUCCCGUUUGUCGUCCCGUCUCCGUUUGUAGUGCGUCCCGGUCACAAGUCUCCGUUUGUAGUGCGUCCCGGUCACAAGUCUCCGUUUGUAGUGCGUCCCGGUCACAAGUCUAUGGGAUGGGGUUGGAGGAUGGCAGUUUUUCUUUAACCUCGUACCCGGCUGUUUGUUGGUCACACGAUCCAGGUGUCAGGUUCACGGCGGUGCCAAGACAUUGUCUCGUCCACCACCCCUUCUUCAGUUUCUGCCAGCUGGUCGUUCGGUGGGAGGGGAAAGAAUUAUCAUUUCAAUUCGAGGAAAUAAAUGCAGAGAUUUCUUCAUCUUUAUGUAUUCUCUCUCUCUCUCUCAUCUCUGGUGUAUUCUCUUUCUCUCUUUUUAUCUCCGAUGUAUUGUAUCUCUCGCUUUCUUCUCUGAUGUAUUGUCCCUCACUCUCUCUCACGCGCGCUUUUUUCUCUGAUGUUUCUCUCGUUUUUUUUCUCUCUCUGAUGUAUUCUCUUCCUCUCUCUCUCAUCUCUGAUGUAUUGUCUCUCUUUCUCGCUUUUUUCUCUGACCUAUUGUCUCUCGCUUUUUUCUCUGGUGUAUUGUUACGCCCUGUCUUUCCUCUGGUGCGUUGUCUCGCUCGCUCGCUCUCUUCUCUGAUGUAUUGUCUCGCUCGCUCUCUUCUCUGA